AGUUACACUGCGACCGUUGCGAGGUUUGGUUGCGUUCGCGUGCUGUGCGCCCGAAGUAGAGUUUAUCUCAAUAUAUAUUAUACAUAUAUAUUUUUUGGAGUGUGUUUUAUACAAAACAGUAAUACUAUUCAUUUUCUAGCUCGUACUCUCGCAUUUCUGCCAUACAAUCCCUCCCUUUUGAAACAAGUGAAAUUCAAUAUAUUUUAUGGAUGAUUUUUUCUCGCAAUUUACAUUUAAUGAAAAUUAUUUGUGCUGAAUUACAGAAAAAAAAAUCAAAAAUUGUGCUCUGUGGAAUUUUCUGGUGUAUUUGCGUAAAUAAUACCACAAUAUUGGAAUUAAAUAGAACUGUAUAAUAGUGCUUAAUUGCAAAGAGCUGCUGGAAUAUUUGCAGAGCCAUUUUGGUGGAUAUAUAGCGGAAAAAAAUUCGUCAUCAGUAUCCCGCAGAGGGAAGAUGAGACCACUUGUAUAUAUAAUGUGGACACUGGGGGUGGUAAUUGGCACCCUUACAGUUGGCACCAUGGCGUCAUCCAAGAGUGUUCUCACAUUUAAAUUCCUUAGCGGCCAAGUAAGUCAACUCGUUACGUCCAGCACGCUUGUGUGGGAGACUUUCACGGGCGACGCCAGGCAGAUGGAGUUUGCCGUGAAAGGGGGCACGUACACGCGUGAAGAUGAUACGUAUCCCAUUUACGUGUGCCGUGCCCUAAUUGAUGGGAUCUACACCAGUGGGCACACGACCAAGCAUCAAGAGAGAACAGUGUGCACCGUAUCCCAACCAACGGCCAUCAAAACCCACCAUGCCUUUGAUAUUCUCGUGAAUAAGGGUCACGGUGGGAAGCUCACGUGGCGGCCGUGGAGUAAAUUCAGCAGCGGAACACCCACAGGGGCGGUCAGUGCCUCCGGCGGACAUGUGGAAGAUCCCUAUGUUGCCAGGCAUCGAUCAAAGGCCCAUUCGGAAGCUGGUCAUGAGCAUCAUCAUGUAAUCUUAGGCCCUGACUACGAUCUAGGGCGCUUUGACCCAAAGGAACGUCUCGGUAAAGUGAUCGUGAAUCAAGGCGAUCGCGAGGUUGAGUACAACGAUGGUGAGAUAUUAGUUGAAACUGAACCCGUACGCUACGAACUACGACAGAUCAAAAUGGACAAGUGGCGGAAACAGGUGAAUCGGAAUACAACAGAACUCGCCACAACAGUCUUGGCAAAUCUGGAAUCAAUGUCCAAUCUCGUGGAGACGGUCAUAACAUACGACUACGAUCGCGUUGAGUACUGGGGCACGCACGAUGGGAUCGCUCGGGGUCUCGAGACGUCGGUUUAUGAGACGGGAAAAUUCCCAAGUGAAAUUAAUUGGGGACUAAAAGUCACGGAAAAAGUCAUUGAGACCAAGACAGUGAGCACGAUUUUAAUGCCGGGAACUGCAUUGAACGUGACAGUGCGAGGGAAUUACACAAAAAUCGAGGGGCCCUACACGGCCACCCUUGUGGCUUAUUAUGCAGAUAACGACAAUGCCGUCUCCCGCACAAUUAGGGCAGUGCUUCAGAAGGCAGAAAUGCAAGACGUAAAGGUUGAAUUCAGUCCGGUAUACUGGAUUCACAAUCAAACCUUUGUACCUACGACAACAACAACAAGUACCACGACAACUACAACCACGACGACGACGACAACAACGUCAGAAGCCACAACGGCUACCCAGAGCUCAACCAAAGCUAACCAGCGACUCGUACCGGAGGAGCUGGACAAUGAGAUUGCACCAGCGGACGAAAGUCGAGAGAAGGAAGUGAUCCAGAUGAGUAAGAUUGGGGAUAGUGCGCAGGGACGCCAGACCACAUCAAGCUCAUGCAAGGUAGAUUCAAUAGUGUCUGUGAUUGUAGGUUUACCACUACUAAUUGUGGCCCUAGGAUUCUAUGACAGUGAUUAAUCCCCUAAGCCAAGCCCCGAGCAUUGCACAAAUUGUGUAUAAAUUUUAGGAUGAAAGUAACAUUAAUCCAGGUUUAAACUGGUGAGUUAAUUUUUUUCCCUUUAUCUUUAAUACACAGAAGAUCGUCUUCUGUGUAUUAAAAUCUGCUUUGUUUCUCAAUUUACACGGUCAAAGAGCUCAUUUAGAAUCUUUAAAUUAAAAACAAAAUGUAUUUUAAUAUUUUUAAAUCCAAUUUUGAGCUUCAGAGAACAAAACGUGAAUUUUUUAAUAUUUACAAUGCACGACAAUCUAACAUUAAUUUCUCUCCUUAAUUCUCCUCACUUCCCAUGCAUAUUAAACUUUAUUAUUUUAAUGUUAGACAUUAGUUCCUAAAAUUAAUAAUUUGCAAUACAAAAAAAACCGUGUACAUCGAGAAAAUAUUGGUCUGACCUCUCGAGCUUCAGUAGACUUUAAUUUCUUUUUAAAUAUUAUAUUUCUCUCUUUAUUAUUGAAUUUAUUACAUCACUAUUAUUAGACGUAAGAAUGCGAUUCAUUGUUUUUUGUGCAUUAUAAAAUCUAUUAUAAAGAAUUAGUUAGAUGAAAAACCAAAAUGAAUCUCUCAACUAUUCCAUAAAACACUUGCAAAUACAAAAUACCAUUGAAACAUAGGACGCUAGAAAAUAAGAUAAUUAUGUAUAGUAAAUGUAAAAAAUGUAUAUUAAUACGACUCUCAAUUCCUUUUCUUUUUUUCUCUAAAGAAAAAAAAGUCUAUUCUAUUUAAUUAGGAUUUUAGUGCGAAUCCCUUUUGGUACAAAAAAAAAUUCUAAGAUUUAUUUAUUUUUAAAUUUUGAAUUUUAUUUCAUUCAAAUAAACGUUGACGAAUAAAAUAUUUGAAAUAUAAAACAGCCACGUGGAAGAAUGAUGAUUUUUUUCUAAAUAAAAUUUUGUUUUUAGAACUUUAGAUACUGAUUUAAUUAUUUCUACUGAAAAACUAAAUAAAAUUUGAAGAAUUUUCUAUCCUGAGACUUAUAAAUUUUUGGUUUUUCAUUGGUAUAGAAUUUUUAACUUAUACUACUCUCAAAAAGUUUCAAAGUGAGCAAUUUUUGAGGCUUUUUUAAAGACAAAAUUUUGGAUUAGGUGAAACACAGCCGGAAUUGAAUUGAAUUUUGAAUUAUUUUCUUUUCCAUUCUGUCAACUGAAUUUUUUCCUAAAGAUAUCUUCAAUUUUUUAUCAUCCAGAAACUUUUUAAGCGUAGUGUAAUUUGAUACUUAAAUUCUAAUUCUUAAAGUAACUUCAAAGUUAAGAUUCGAUUUUUUUCAGGAGGUUUUUGUGAAGGAAAUUAAAUGAAUUGAAGCCCAAAAUUUGAAUAAACUCUUAUUUUAUUUUAAUGACAUUCAUGUCAUUAAAUGAAGAAGUCAAUCAAAGAGAAGCUUCUCACGAUGUUUUAAAUGCGGUAUGUUAUCAAAUAUUUUAUCCGUCUACUUAAGAAUUACAAACACAUUCAUCAAGAUGGGAUUGAAAAAUGUCUUUUAAUUAGAAAGAAAACUUUCCAAUCAAUUCAAAAUACAUUUUAAUUGAAGAAAUUCUCAAAUUAAUUAUCGGAGAUACUUUAUAUUUAAUCAAAUAGACAUUACCAUUUAAAUAAAAAGAAAAAUAAACUCAUCUCUUAUCGCAAACAUUCCGCGGAAAAUCCCAAUAUAAACUUCGUUUGCUUCUGUGAUGUUUACUUUAAGCAUGCAGAGAUGGCAAACAAUAAGGCGGGAAACCGGCAAUUACUUUGCUAUAAAUUAAUAGAUUUAUUUUGCAACCAAAUUGAAUCUUCAAUUGAACGUUUCAUUUUAUGCAUAUACAAUAAAGAACAUUUCUUUGCGUUAUCUAACACACACGCAUAACCCAUUUGACCCCAAAAAACUUUCUCUCUCAUCGAGGAGCGAGUUAUAGUUUUUUUUUUCAAACAUAACAUCGUGUCCAUCUAUGCGCAUUUUAUAUGUAUUUUAAUUAAUUAUUCAAAUUUAUUCAUUAAAUAAAAUUCACACUAAAGACAUUCCACUAAAAGUUUUGGGUGAAUCUCCAAAAUUAAUAGCUGCUGUAGUUGUGUUGAUAAAAGAACUUUUAAUUUCCAUCCCAGUUAAAUUUAAUUUUAAAGGUUUAUUUUAUGUUUUUUUAGUAGCUCUAUAAAGCCCCCACUCUUUAGAUGCAAAUUAAAGUAAAUUAUAUACAGAUAUAGUCUUUAGUAGAUGGUCUGUAGAGAUUAGAAGAUGCCCAAGAGAUAUUUUUCAAACACUUAGGAAAAAGUAUGAAGAAAAAAAUUCGAACAAAAAAGAAAUAAAUUUGUACAAAAGAGUACAAAGUAGUGAAUGAAAAAAAGAAGCGUUAGCUGAUAGCAAGAAAAUCAUUUUGAGAGAAAAUUCUGUGAGAAAAACUGAGAGCUGUGCUUGUAGAAGAACAUCGCUUUUACAAAUUUUUCCGUAGAUGAGUAAAAGAGGGUCGUCGUGGGGAAAUAUGAAAAGCCCCCCGAGGGGAAAUACAAUAUAUUUAUAUAUCACAAAUGAUGGAAAUUCUUAAUCAAAGAGCAUUAAAUUUUAACAUGGAAAUUGGAUCAGUAAAUUGAAUUUUGGACGAGCUUGAGAUUUUUCUUUUGCAUCCCCCCAUUGAAAUUGAUGACAUUUUACGGGCUUCUUCGUGAAUUAGGGGUGAUGUAAAUAAAAUUGAAUGUUAAAAGUUUACAUUCGUGAGGGGCUGCCAACUAGCGGAAUUUAUAAAGAUUUUGAUAACCCUUCAAAAAUGGCCAAAAAAAGAAAAUAAUUUAUUCAAAUAAAAAAUAUAUCAAUGCAAAUUAAAAGGAAUUUAUCCAAUUUGUAUGGAAAAAUCCUUCACUCGAGGAAACAAUCAGGAUGCAUGUAAUCUUGUAAAGAAUCUAAUAGAAUUCAGAAAAAAAUUGAGACUCUUGCGUCAGCAAAAAAAAAAGCUGACAAAAAUUAGCUUAAAAAUGCAUACCGUGACGUCAUUGUUGUGUUUUCUUGUCUCUUUUUUUUCGGGCAGUCAUAAUGAAAAUAUUCACGCUAAUACUUGACAAAGAAUAUUUAUACUCGUUUUAAGAGAAAAGACAACCUUAUUAUGACGUCAUUGUUUACAUUUUUUGGCAAUUCUUUAUCGGUUUUUCUACUGAUCAGCAAUGUUAACCCUUUAACGUCCAACGUGAAACAUAAAAACAUUGAAACAUGCGCUCUUUUAUCGCGAUUUUUAUUCUAUGAAUUUUUUUAGAGGACUUUUCUCACUCAGAAUGUCUUCUUUGACCCCUUAUGCGUGAAUUUGAUGUAUUUGUAACAUGGAAAAACAAUUACAUUCAUAAAUAAUUGAAGAAAUAAAAUGUUUCACGUUUGGGUCAGCGUAUGACCCAAAAAACCUUAAAGGGUUAAAUGAGAAAAAUCUCUUUGCUGAUUUUUAAAUCAUUUUUGAUCGUCUUUUACAAGAUUACACUUUUUUUGGAUUGUUUCCUCGAGUUUUGAGUUCCCAUACAGAAAUGAGUAACCUCCUUUAUUUCAAGUUAACUUUACCCUAAAAACAUUUUGGUUUUGAUUUUACAUAAUCGGUUGGAAAUUGCCGUGGAAUCAUAGAGUUUAAAUUAAGUUGGUUUAAUCUGUUGAAAACCAGAUCACGCCUGGUUUAUUCUGUUUUAACCGAUGAAUGAUGAAUUUAUGCAAAUUAUGAGAUUUUACCAUCCUUGAACUAUAGAAAUAUGUCAAGAUAAAUUAAAAAUCAUUGACACUGAAAAUCUAUGAAGAAAAUCAUUAAAUUCCUCGAAAUGGUCUAAACUUCAGGCUCAAUCUGGAAAAAGUGGCUUGAAAAUCAUUCUUAUAAAUCAACAUUAUUCCAUAUUAGCUGGCAACCCCUUGAGAUGUAAAAGAAUUCAGCAAUAGAUCGGUUUCCGUUUAAAAACAAUAAAAUCAUACACUUCUAACUGACUUAUUACCACAAUAUUUUAUACAAGACAAUGUAAGAAGUAAAAUAUUAAACAUAAAUAUUAAAUGAGAUAUAUACCAAAAGUCAUAUAAUGCAUAUUUAUGUGGUUAAGAGGUGGAUCAUAUAUAUUUGCUUUCAAACAAAACAAACAAAAAAAUGUACUCACAGCAAGAUGAAGAAUUGCCUUUAAGAAAGUAACGUUUUAAGACAUUUAAAAAAAAGCUAUUAAGAAAAAAAAUAUGCAAAAUAGAUGCGGGAAUUGAAAUGCGUGCGCUUUGGGGUGGGAAGUAAAUGUGCUUGCAACGAUGGAAGGACGUCUUUUUCUCCAUAAUAAUGUGUGUCACAAAAAUAUUGUUUGUAAAUAAAAUUGCAAAAGUUAAAAAGAAAAAUUGCCUAAAAAUAGAAGAUAAAUGUGUAAAUAUUUAAUGCAAAAAAAAUUAAGAAAUUAAGUGUUAAUUGACUUUUCUUUUUAUCAAUUUGCAUUCAAUCGCCCGAAGAUUGUAUUAUGAUUCAUUUUAAUGUAAAAUGAGUCAGACGGAGGAAUGAAAAAUUAGUGGAUAAGAAGUGAAUAAUGAAGUGAUGAAAAAGAAGAGAAAAUAUUUUUGUAAGGAAUUUUUUGAUGCCCUUAUUGAAGAAAAAAAAAUAAUCAUCCCUCUGGAACAAAAACUAAAACAAAAAUUAAAGUCCAAGAAGGGUAGAAAAUUUCUUGUCUAUCUCUCUUCAUUUUUCGAAAAUUUAUUCCCCAACACAUACACACUUUAUUAUUACAAAUUAAACUAAUUAAUUUUGUAACAAGAAAAAAUGUAAAUGUAAAUAUAUUUCAAUGUCAUAAAUAAGAAGAUGAAAGAAAAAUGGAACAAGAUGCAGAAAUAUAUAAAAGAUAAAUGAAAAA